AUGGGGUGCAUGUUCUCGAAAGAACGCCGCUCGGGCGGCUCGGAGCACGGGAGCGGCGUCGGCGGCGGCGCGACCGAGAGAAUCGACGUGACCCGGUUCAACAUGCCCCAGCAGACCGUCUACCACGUCAACCCCAGCGGCGACAUCGGAAUCCCGAUGGGCGGUCCUGCCGCGGGCGACAGUCUGAACAGUCGUCAGCAGAACGGUGAGCAGAACGAGAAUGAUCCUGGGAACAAGGGAAUGGAAGAAAUUGAGGUGUUGUAGAGAAAUUCAAAAGGAAAGAGGAAAAUUUUUAGGAAUAAAAAUGAAAAAUAUGGAAUAAUAAAGAAGUUUUUUUUGUUGGUGUGGGAAAAUGGAAUAAAAAAAUAUAAAUUUGAAGGACUGAAAAUUAUGGAAACCGAAAGAAAAUUUUAAAAAGUUUUUUUUGUCAUCGGACUAUGUGCCAAGGUUCCGAAUAGUAGUUUAAGAAAAAUAGUCGUUUAAAGUAGUAUUGCCGAGAACUUUUUGAUUAACGAAACAAGGGGAAGCUUGGACUGUCGGUAGCAGAAUAAAGUUCGAAAAUAGGGAGAAAAAAGUAAUAAAUGGAUGAUUUUUUCCAGAAAAGGACGUCUUGGUCGCCUUGUAUGCCUACGAUUCUCGCGCGGAUGGCGAUUUGAGCUUCCAGAAAGGCGACGUCAUGUAUCUUCUCGACCACACGUUCGUAUUUUCUUCAUUCAUUUUAUUCACGAGUAAUAAAUUGAAAUUUAAGUUUUUGACCGUAAAAAAUCAAUUGUAAUAGUGAUUUUGAGAUCGAAAAAAACAUUAGUCGAAAAAAAUAUAUGGAAGUACUGUGCAUUUUUCAACGGCAUCAUAAUUUAGCUAUUUUAGGUUCUUUUGAUACAAGAAAGUGAAUUUUUAUUCCUCGUUAUAUUUUUUUUAUAUCGAUUCCAAUUUUCCGCGAUUUUUGUUCUUAAAAAUGUUAGAAAAAGUUAGGUUUUCGUUCGUUAAAAAGUUAACAUUUGAAUGUGUAAUUCAAAAAAAUACGACUUUUUUAAUCGCAGGCUGUGUUCAAAGUAAUUUCGGCGAAAUGCAAAAUUAUCUCUGAAUCUCCUAAAUUUGUUUUAUUUUCCGUUCCCUGACGGCUAUUCUGAAUUUUGCGGAAUCCCUUUGAACACGGCAUAGCUUUCUAUCCAUAAUGCUUGAAGGGAAACGAGAAGUUUUAUCUUUUUUUCCUGUUAAAACCUCUAAAACAAAAAAAGUGAUAAUCACAAUAUUCGGAAAAAAGAUUUUAUCCUCGAAUUAACCGAAUGAAGCAUUAUAAAAAUUAACUUACCAGUUUUCCACGAUUAUUAUUCAGAAACUGCGAUUGGUGGUACGUCAGACAUCAAAAGUCGGGUUCGACGGGUUACGUGCCUCGGAAUUUCGUCGCCAAGCAGCAGACGAUCGAGAGCGAAGAGUUGGUUUCAUUAUUAUUGCCUCGAAACUCAUCGACAACCGAAAAGAAAUAUAAAAAGGCUUUCAAAGGGAUUCAAAAAUAGUUACUUCAUGUUUUAACUUAUUUUAUAAUUUUUUUUAAAAAUCGAUUUUUUUGAUUUUUUUAAAAAUUUGCAUAGAGUUCUUCAAAAAUCCCUGAAAAAUCCAAUCACACGUUACGGAUUAGAACUAUCAUUUUAAAACGUUCUACCGAAAACUAAUAAAAUUCAAACUUUUCAGAUGGUACGCCGGAAAAAUCCCGAGAAAUCGGGCCGAACGUCUCGUUUUGUCGUCGAAUUUGCCGAAAGGAACCUUUUUGAUCAGAGAAAGAGAGGCGGAUGGACGGGAAUUCGCCCUGACGAUCAGGGAUUCCGACGAUCCCCGGGGCGGAGGUCCCUUUUUCAUUUUGGAAACAAACCGGCUAAAUAUUUACUCAAGAAGAAUAGAAUGUUUGAAAAUCACGAAAGCGUAUAAGUUAAACUGGAAAUUGAAUCGUUUUUUUUUCCAGAAACACCAGUAAGACUUUACUCUCAAAGAUAACUUCAAACUAUUUCGGGAAUUCGAAAGAAAAAAAUUAAAUUUUUUUCAUCAAAUUGUUUUUUUCUUGAAUUCUCUCAUCAAAUAUGUGAAUUUAUAGGUUCGGUCAAGCACUACAAGAUCAAGCGACUCGACCAUGACCAAGGAUUCUUCAUCACGACGAGAAGAACUUUCAGAACUCUGCAGGAACUCGUCCGGUACUAUUCUGGUGGGUUCUUUCAAAUAUAAACUUCAUUUUUUUCCAACAAAAAUUUUGAAAAAUCAUCUUUUUUUUAUGUGACUUAAUUACUUUUUGAGCUAUUUUCAUUCAUUAUUCCCAGAGAUUUUUGGAAAAAGAAACGAAAUUGAACGCUUAUCAAGCAAGAAAUGUCGUAAAUUUUUUCCUUAAACUUUAGAAUUGCGAUUAUUAGCUCGAUUUUUUUCAACUUAAAAAAUGUAACCAUGGUUAUUCAGUUUCAGUGAUUUUAAUACUUAAAAAACUGAAAUCGAACUCUUUCAGACAUUGCCGACGGCCUCUGCUGCCAGCUGACGUUCCCGGCGCCGCGUCUGGCGCCAACUCGACCCGAUUUGUCGCACGACACCCAGCAGAACUGGGAGAUCCCCCGAAAUCAACUCCAUCUGAAGAGAAAACUCGGCGAUGGCAAUUUCGGCGAAGUUUGGUACGGAAAGUGGCGGGGAAUCGUCGAAGUCGCCAUCAAGACCAUGAAGCCCGGAACCAUGUCCCCCGAAGCCUUCUUGCAGUUCGUUUCAGAGUUUUUGCCUGGGCAUGAAGAAAUUAUGAGGAAGGAAUUCAUCAAUCUUGAGUUUAGAAGAAGUUUAAUAAGCGCCUUGAACUUUCAUAAAAAAAGAAAUGAAAUUUUUUUUCAAGGAUAAAUUGAUAAAAAAAUUGGCCGUAAAACUAUAAUUUCAUGUUAAAGGGCGUAAAUUUGAAUUGACAGAAUGUUUCUUCAGCUGUUGAUUAAAAAAAAAAACAAAUGAGCGAUGGCCAAGUUUUAAUUGUAAUGGAACACAAUUCUGAUUCUCUGCUUUUCAUAUGCUACUUAUCGUGUCUUGUGAAAAACGUUCUUUUCUUUUUGGAUUGAAUAGGCUUAAACGUUGAAAUAAAAAAACAUCCAAAAUAGUCAUGGAAAUCAAACUUUUCUUCUUUUUCGAAGACAUUGAAGAUAUUUUUGCAGAGAAGCCCAAAUCAUGAAGCAGUGCGAUCACCCGAACUUGGUCAAACUGUACGCGGUUUGCACGCGCGAAGAACCUUUCUACAUCAUAACCGAGUACAUGAGCAACGGAUCCCUGCUCCACUACCUGAGGAACGACGGCAGUGCGUUGGGAAUCCAGGCGCUCGUCGACAUGGCUUCUCAGGUGAUUUUCAGAAGGGAAAAUGGAGAUCAACAUGCUUAUUGCUGGUUUUUCUUUUUGAGUUGUACAGUGUUCUUCAAUCAAAAAAGACUAGGAGAUAUCAAAAAUGAAUAAAAAAUAAAACAACAUCUUUGCCUCUUGAGAUAAGAAAAUAAGGGUAGUUUGAAUAUUUCCCCUCUUUUGACAUAGAUUGAAGAGUUUCAAGCACUUUUAGUUUUAUUGAACCGAAUGUUGGGGAAAUUACUGUUUGAAUAGAAAAAAUUGGAAAGAAAAACUGUAAAAUGAGAAAGAUUAUUAUGAAGGGAAUUUUCGCAACUUUUUGUUUUUGUUUUUAUGCAACGAAAUUUAAAUGAUAUUAUCGUAUGAGAGGAAAUAAUGGAGAAGAAACAAAAUUACUCUUCAACUGAAUUUGAAAUUGAAUUUGAAGAUUGGAAAUUUCAAUUGAAACAGCUUAUCUCUAUUUUUUUAGAAUAGUAAAAAAAUAAAAAGUGAGUAGGUGUGAAUUUUUGAACCUUUUUUUCAAUCAUGUUUGAAAAAUCGAUACUAAAGGAAGCUCUUAAAAGAUUAAAUUUCUUAGGAAAUUUUUUUAUUAAACUUUGAGAAAAAUGAAAAAGUUAUAUAGCUCCCCUAGUAAAAAUUCAGGCGAUAGAGGAUUUUUUGAGAAAUAAAUCAUCGAGUUUACUUGUUGAAUUUUCAAAAUAAAAGGGGAAUAAAGUGCGAAGUUUUCAGAUUGCCAACGGUAUGACAUACUUGGAAGAAAGAAAACUUGUGCAUCGCGAUUUGGCGGCCAGAAACGUCCUUGUUGGCGACAAGAUUUCCGGAGUACCAGUAGUCAAGGUAAACUAGAUUUUCUAAUUUUUAAGGUCAAUAUCAAAUUUUCCAGGUUGCCGACUUUGGAUUGGCGCGAAAAUUGAUGGAGGAAGACAUUUAUGAGGCCAGAACAGGGGCCAAGUUCCCAAUCAAGGUUUGAAAAAGCAUAAAAAAUGGAUGAUAAUAAGAACAUACUUUUUAGUGGACCGCCCCUGAAGCAGCCACUUGUGGCAAUUUCACAGUGAAGAGCGACGUUUGGUCCUAUGGAAUCUUGCUGUAUGAGAUCAUGACCAAGGGACAGGUCCCUUAUCCAGGUGGGUAGAGCUCAAAGUUUGAAGGUUUUUUGGCCAUUUUUUUUAGCUUCGAAUUGAAGUUUAAAUGAAAAGAAAUGGGUUUCCUUCGAAAUGGGCUUUUGAAAGAGUAUUUCUCAUUUUCAGGCUAAAAAGCCCUGAAGCAAUUUUUCAAAAUUUUUGUUCACAAGAUGCGCGUACAAAAAAAAAUAGAUUUAUCUUCUUAGCAGUUUCUUGAAAUUACGGAGGCGGUGAAUAGAUUUAGAAGGUUACUGAGGGACGCAAAAAGAAAGAAAAAAAGAAAAGAAAACAGGCUAACAGAGAGAAAGUUAACGAAAUGCCCUUUUUUUCCAAAUCAACCUAAAAAAGCGCAGAACAAUUCUGCGCCUAAUGUCUCUCCGAUUUGAGAAACUUAAAAAUUUUCAAAUUAAGAAUUAUUUCUUGAAAAAUAGUCAGCCCAUGUCUGUAAGAAGUGUGUGUAGUUCCGAAAAAAAAGUUUUUAAAAUAGAAGUUUUCCAAAGCCCGAUAAAAAUUUUCCAGGCAAGCAUGAAAUCGAAAACGGAUCGUAAUUUUGAAACAAAUCCAUGAAACUGGAAACUUUUCAUAACCUACAAAAAUAUUGCAGGAAUGCACAACAGAGAGGUCGUCGAGCAGGUCGACCUCGGCUACCGUAUGCCGAUGCCGCGGACGUGUCCCGAGGCGAUCUACAACGAGGUGAUGCUCAGGUGCUGGGACAAGAACCCGGACCGCCGGCCGACCUUCUCCUAUCUCUACCACUUCUUCGACGACUACUUCGUCUCCACACAGCCCAACUAUGCGCCACCCAGUGCUUAG